CACCCGGAGUACACCCGAAGUAUCCUCGGAACUAUUCGAAUUGUUUACCAACACGAGGGUAUCUUCCAUGGACUCUACAAGGGCGUGACUAUGAACUGGAUCAAGGGCCCCAUCGCCUCGGGUGUGAGUUUCACCGUAUUCCACCAAAUACAGUACCUUCACCAGUGGUUGCGGUCCAGGUAG